AUGACUGCACUGCGUGUUCUUGUGCUGGUUCGGGCCCCAGCAAGGGCAGUUGGCAGGUGCGAAGCAAAUGGACGACUUUCUGCAGUUCGAGGCACUUUUAAAGAGAAGCGGAAAACUCCAGCGCUGAACUUGCUACGCCCAAUUCACUCUGUCCAUUCUCCGGCUGGCUGCUCCAUGCCGUCUAGCUUGGUGCAUCGUCUCCGUCAGAGCAGGAGAAAUGCUAGUUUGGACAGCACGCCGCUGAGCUUCAUGCACGUGGGGCCACAUCCCCAUGCAGGUGCGACAAAGCAGAUUUCGCUCGCGCUCUUCAACCUUGUGGAGCAUCGCGAUGAAUCUGCAAUAGAUCUGAACGAGGACCAGGCUGGCUUCCUUCGACCCCUUCUUCCGGUCGUGGGUGCCUGGCGAGAGAAAUGUGUCGACUCAGAUGGCAAGCUGCUGCUAUUGCUUCCAGGUUCUCAGAUACCUCCUGGCACAUCUUUGUGGGACGUGAUGGCGACAGAGUUUGCUGCGUUCUUGGCAAGGAAGGCGCCUUGCUACAGUGCCAUGGCGGUUCUUCGAGGCGAUGCCUUCUCCAAGGCUUGGAGCCAGCGCUUCCGCUGCGACAUACAGGAUGCGCGCUUGGUGCGCCACUUCGUGAAUGUUUUUAUGCAAAAGCAUGAAGUGACGGCUGCCACUGACGACGAGAAAGCACAGGUCUGCUACCGCGGACCGCAAUUGUCGAACGGCGUGGAUUUGGCCCUUCGGCAUUGUCGACUCCAGGGCAAAGAGGUGAACUUUCAGGUACUAUCCCGUUCUGCGACAGCGGAGGAAGCCUCUCGUUGUACGGUGUUACUGCAUGCUGCUUCUGCAAAGCCCAUUGGUGCGGAGAAAGGCGGUUUCUUGGCCAUCGUCUUUUACCUCCCCUUUUGCGAGCUCUUCGUGGGCACGGCUGUCCGGGCCACACCGGCUUCUUGGGCCUUUGCCUGCGACUUUUGGGCGGAGUUGGCCGCCCGGCCUUUAUUUUUUCCUUUGUGGUGGCGUUUUGCCACCCUUCUUGUGAAAGCAGCGAUGGCCGAAGAUGAUAAGGGCACUUCGGCUUAG